AUGUACGCGCCAAAAUCUUCCCCGUUAUCCGUGGCGUCGAAAUGCCACGCGCCAAAAUGCCAAGAGGAUGAUUCAGACGACGCAGCUUCGGGACCGCGAUUCGAAGGUUCAGCGCGAUUGGUACGGUCUCCGGCCUCCGAGCCUGGCUGGUCCAGGCGAUUCGCGUCAGUGGACCUCGACGAAUGGGGUGCUACCACGUGUGCUCCGCGGUCUUCUCACGAACUAACCGACCCGUUCAAUGCGAACGAUGCAGCGUGCGACGGGGGUAACCGGGAGUGCGACGGCGGUAACUGGGAGUGCGACGGGGGUAACUGGGAGCGCGAGAGCGUUGCAACGGAGAGCUCGUUUGGUGCGGAGGAUGCGGGGAUGUAUCGCAGCAGCAGUGCAGGCCAUCGGAACCCUGUCUUGGCCACCAGCAUUAACAGCAGCAGCAGCAGCCAGCGUGCCUGGGACGACCCGUGCAGCCCUGCUCCUGCGCUGCAUAUCCCUCAUUCUGCCUCUUCUCCUGCUCUGCACGGCUGUGCUGCUGCUCUCCUCGUUUCUGCUCCUGCCCUGCACGGCUCUACGGCUUCUCUGAACGCCUCUGCUGCUCUGAAUGUCCCUCAUUCUGCCACUUCGACUGCUUGCCACAGCACUGCUGCUUCUUCACACGCUUCUUCUUCAGCUUUAUACGCUUCUGCUCCUACUCUUCACGGCUCUGCUGCUGCUUCUGCACACGCCCCGCAUGCUGCCCCUUCGAGGAAUGACCGGCACAGUGCGUCUCUCCCGCCCCCCGCACGCCAAGGCAGCGGCUCAACCCGGAAGCAGAAGCUGGGGUCCCACAAGAGAUCCCAUUCGCACUCCGCUGCACCGCACUCUGCUGCACCGCACUCCGCUGCACCGCACUCCCAUGCCGGUCACGGCAGUCACGGCAGUCACACCAAGUACCUGCCUCGUCUCGAGAUCCCGGGUCAAACGGGUCAACUGGGUCAACCGGUUGCGUUACCCUUCAGGGGGCACAGGAGAACCGUUUCGCACUCCGCGGAACUGCACGCCCGCUCCCCUCUCCCGAAGUACCUGACGCCUCUUGACCUCCCUGGUCUAACCGGUCAAACGGGUCAAACGGCUUCCUCUGCUUCCAGUGCCUCUCCUUCUCACGGCCGCAGCCGCAGCAACGCUCGGAAGGACCCGCAUUGUUUGCAAGAAUCGCAUAAGGUUAAGAAGGAGGAUAAGCAGCAGCAGCAGCAGCAGCAGCAGCAGCAGCAGCAGCAGCAGCAGCAGCAGCAACACAAGGGGCAGGAUUUGGGGGAAUGCAGCGUGGGCGGCGGCAAUGAGUCGAGCGACUCGGACGAUGAUUUUAUCGGGCUCUACGCUGCUGUUGUGCGCAGCCGUGCCAGUGGUGGCAGCAUGAAGGCGCGUGCUGGGGCCGUGGAGGAGCGUGGUGGCGGCAUGAAUAUCCGUGCCGCCACUGGCAGCGUGAAGGUGCACGCGGCAUCGGCGCAUGUUGUGGGAGAUAUGCCUUCAUGCAACGCAGUCAGUAGGAGCAGCGAUGGGAGCAGUGUGGGAGUGGAAAGCAGCGGUGCCGGCGGCAGCACAGCAGGCGAAACUCACAGCGCAGCACAGUGCUCUUUCCCGGCCAGCGCAGCACAGAGCACGAGUGGAAAGCGGUGUGCCAGCGCAGCACAGAGGACGGACUCUCGUGACAGUCCCAACCUGCCUGCUGCUGUGGAAAGAGGUGCACCAGCCAGUGCUGCAGAGAGGGGAGGAGUGCAAGGGUCGGAGAGGAUUGACGAGAGGAUGGAGAGGAGGGCGAGGAGGGAAGCACGUAGAGUGAGGAAGGCCAUGGCAGCGCAAGAGGAGGUGCCCGAGAAGGAGACUCUCGAGUCGACCCAAAAAACUCGAGAACCGAUUGCCCUUCUCCCAGGUGUCGAGGAGCGUAGGGCCGAAAGGAAUCCCAGAAGCAGCUUGACUCUCAGAAGCAGCCUUUCUUUGGCCAGCAGUAUCAGAACUAGUAUCAGCAGCAGCCUCGGGGGCCGGUGGGUGCGGCAGCUUAGGCGGAGCAGCAGCAGCGGGAAUGGCAGCAGCUGCGGGCGUGGCAGUGGGAAGACGGGGGGAGGAGUGGAGGAUGAGAGGGUUGAUGGUGAGGGGGAGGAAGGGGAGGAAGGGGAUGAGGAGGAUGAAGAAUGGAGUGAAUUGUGGAGUGAACUGGAGAGUGGUAAGGGCAGUGGUAAAGGGAGUGGUAAGGGGAGUGGACAGCGGAGGGAGAGUAGGGCUAGGAGGAGAAGCAGCAGUUUCAGCCUGAGCAGCAUUGCGAGCAGCAUCAGCGGUGCGUUUCCCUGGUAUUCCACCGACAGCGACGGCAAUGUAACACCAGUCAGCGGCUCAGGCCGUCUUACCAGCAGUGUUACCAGCGGUGUCACCAGCGGUGCAAACACAGGAGGUAGUGCUUUGCCAUCGUCUGAGUCUCAGCCUCCGCAGCACAGAAGGUCACAGAGCUGGGUGGGGGUGGGGGUGGGGGAGAAGCAGCAGCCGCGCAACCCAUGGGAGGCAGAAGGGUUGACUUACAGCUCUCAGGGAGGUGCUAGGCUCGAGAGCCAGUCAAUGCAGUCAACUGAGUCAAAGGGGUUAAAGGGGUCAAAGGCGGCAACAAUGGGAUUCAAGGAUGGUGCAAGGACAGGUGGCAAGGCCAGUAGGCAGGGCCAUCGGGUUCAUACAGCUGAGGGUGCAGAAAAGACGGUACACUUUUACCGUCAUGAUCAGCAGCAGGGUGCGCAUCAGGUGAAACAUGAGCAAGAGCAAGAGCAUGGUCUCAGGCACACUCGUGCGGAAGAGGCUUGCCAUAGGCAUGAGCAUGGCCGUGGGAUUAAGCAUGGCAAUGGGGGAGAUUACCAGCAGCACGCUGGAAGAUGGGCAUUGAAGCAACCGCGCAGGUUCUUGCGGCAGCUGGGGAAGAAAGUGACGUUCAAGGGGGAGGUUGAGCACAUUUCUUAG